GAUUGGAGGAGGCGGCGGGGGCGGGGCGUCGCGCCGUUUAAGCCGCGGCGGGCCCGGUGGGGCGGUUGUUUGGCCGUUGGGGCUGUGAGGAGGAGGAGGCGGCGGGACCCCGCUCCCGGGACCUUUAUCCCGGGGCUUUUCCAGCGGGGCUCCCGCCGGCCACCCUCCUCCGCCCGCCUACCCGAAGCCGCUCUCCCCCGCCCGCAGAGAGCCUGGUGCGAUGGGCUCGGAGGGCCGCGUUGCGGGGAUCCCGCGCAGCACAAGGCUGUCAACCCCCCAUGCCUCAUCCAGAUCUGAGUCCCGGUUUCCAAGUCGGGAGGACUUCACUCCUCUCCCCUCAGUCAGCGAGCGCUUGACUCAUCUCAACCCCUCCCAUGAGCUCCUGGACUAUUACCGAAAAAGGGUUGCUGCCUUCGAUGAGGAACAUGAGGAGUUGGUGAAAACGCUGGAGAAAUACAAGCAAGCCUAUGAUGAGCAGCACCAGUUGCAGUGGGAAGUCCACCACUUGGAAGAGGAGAUUGCAGAGCUGCAGAAGGCUUUGAGUGACAUGCAGAUGUACCUGUUCCAGGAGAGGGAGCAAGUGCUUUGCCUGUACGCAGAGAAUGACCGGCUGAAACUCAGGGAAAUGGAGGACAAAAAAAAAAUCCAACAACUCCUGGCUGCACUAGGAAGAGAUGAAGGAGAAGUUACAUAUUUUCAUAAGGAGCCUCCACAUAAGGUUACUGUUCUGCCAAGGCCAGCAGAGACCCACCAACCAGAUGAUGUUUCUAGCACAGUAGGUACAGAGCAGAGCACUCUAAAACCAACACCAAAAGGAGAGAAACCAGCAAGUUCUGAGAGAUAUCAAAAAGAUGAUGAAACACUUCUACUUCAGGUGAAGGCCCUGCAAGCUCAGAUGGAAGAACAGACACGAUUGGCCAAGGAGCAGGUUGAGGCACUGCUCGAGGACAGGCGCAUUCAGAUGGAGGAAGCUGAGUUCCGGCAUCGGAGGGACCAGGACAGGAUCAAAUCUAUGUCAGAAAAGCUCCAUAAGACCCAAAGCCUUUUAUAUGAGAGUACCCGGGACUUUCUCCAUCUCAAGUUGAGUGCCAGAGCCAAUGAGAAAGCAUGGAUGGCAGAGAAGGACAGUCUGUUGAGGAAACUUGGCAAAGACCUGGAUCAUCUUGCUUUCAGCACAGAGUCAGGAAAAAAGAAGCAGAGGGAGCUGAAGAAGACGCUUCAAGAAAAUGAUGGUGCUUCAAAACUCCACAACAAAGAAAUAAAGGUACUGCAAGACAAGCUAAUGCAGGAGAAACACCUGUCACACAUGUACAGAGAGCAGUGUGUCUCCCUGGAAGGGGAGGUGGCUAGGAUCCGUGAGGAGCGAGAUGUUGGCAAAGAACUCUUUAAGGAGCGCUCAGAAAAGAUGGAGAAGCGCCUUAAAAUGAUGACUCGGCGAUGUGAAGCCUUGGAGAAACGGCGCAAUAUGGAAGUAGAGGGCUUCAAGAAUGACAUUAAACAGCUUCAGCAGAAACUGAAAGGUGUAGAGAAGCAUAUUUAUAAGGUGGCUUUGAAUCUGGGACCAGACCAGGAUCUUGCAAUUCUCCGGGAGGUCCGCCAAGGAAACAAACUAACACGUAAAAUUCAAGGAGAACUGAAAGACUUAAAAGCCAAAAUCUUCACCUUAGAGGAUGAACUACGGCACUGCUGAAGCUGAAUUAUUAGCUGGUAUCCUGAUUUUAGGACUAGGGCAUUGCUAGACUUGAAUAGUCAUAUGCAAGAAGAGCUCCUGCUUGUUUGUUUCCUGGCAUCCAUUGACAGAAGGUUGAAGAAAUCUGCAGUUCAUGUCCUAAGUGUGUAUGAGGCAUUCCUAGUGUCCCAGAUUAUAUUGCUGUUUGAGCUGAGAGAUGGCACCUGAUAAAACUGACUUUGAAAGAACAUGA